ACAAAAGCUAAGAUUACCUGCCAGAAAUUGGGGUCCUGGGAAUAGAAUCAGAACUAUAUUAACAUCUGUCAGGGACUCUCAAAUGUGGCAUGGCAAGUCACUUGAUUACACGUAUGUUAUUUAGUUAAAUUUGUGAAAAUUAUGAGAUGCUCACCAACCCGGUGAUAAACAUGCUCUCUUCCUAUUGGCUGGCCUGGUCACAUGGCCGCCCAACUUUAUUCAGUUGACAGCAAGUAGGAGGGCCCAAUGGAAGGAGAAAAAAGACAACACGAGAAAAAUUAGUAUUUUCUACCUUCUGAAAUUAAUGGCCAUGAGUUCGUAUAUGGUGAACUCUAAGUACGUGGACCCCAAGUUUCCUCCGUGCGAGGAAUAUUUGCAGGGUGGCUACCUAGGCGAGCAGGGAGCCGACUACUACGGCAGCGGUGCACAGGGCGCCGACUUCCAGCCCUCGGGGCUUUACCCACGGCCCGACUUCGGUGAACAACCCUUCGGAGGCGGCGGGCCCGGGCCUGGCUCAGCGCUGCCAGCGCGGGGUCACGGACAGGAACCGAGCGGCCCGGGAAGUCACUACGGUGCCCCGGGAGAGCCGUGCCCAGCGCCCCAGCCUGCGCCCCUGCCUGGUGCUCGGGCCUGCAGCCAGCCCACCGGCCCCAAGCAGCCGCCCCCCGGGACAGCACUUAAGCAGCCCGCUGUGGUCUACCCUUGGAUGAAGAAGGUGCACGUGAAUUCGGUGAACCCCAACUACACCGGUGGGGAGCCCAAGCGUUCCCGGACGGCCUACACCAGACAGCAAGUCCUAGAACUGGAAAAGGAAUUUCAUUUUAACAGGUAUCUGACCAGGCGCCGUCGGAUUGAAAUCGCUCACACCCUGUGUCUGUCUGAGCGCCAGAUCAAGAUCUGGUUCCAGAACCGGAGGAUGAAGUGGAAAAAAGACCACAAACUGCCCAACACCAAGGGCAGGUCUUCUUCCUCAUCUUCCUGCUCCUCUUCAGCUGCCCCCGGCCAGCAUUUGCAACCAAUGGCCAAGGACCACCAUACGGACCUGACGACCUUAUAGAAGUGGGGACCCUGGGCCCAUCCCUUCUUGCACUCCAGGUUGAGGCGAAGCUGCGGGUGCAGGCGGGGCCUGCUGUCACCUCACUGGGCUCUAAGCCUUUUGUUGUGAGAUGACAUCGGGAGUCAGCCCCUUGGAGUCUGCUCACAAAAGACGCUUUUAAAAAUAGGACUGACCAUGUUUUGCUGCCACUGAUUAAAGUCUUAUUUAUACUAUUUGUCGCCUGUAGUUUUGAUGUAAUUCAUUGAUCUAUAUUUGAAAUAAUAAAAAGGUGUAGUAAAAUCUC